AUGUCCUCCACCUCUACACCUUCCCAUAAUCUCCGUGAGGCCAUUAACGCCUCACCUUCCAUCGAGCACAUGAUCCGACUCUUUCCCGAGCUGUAUCACCGGCCCCUCACCACAGUGCUCAAGCGCAUCGUGGAGCUGGCAUCGUCCCACGCCUUGGCCGUCGACACCAUCAACAAGCUGCAAGCGCUGGUACAAGACGGCUGGGAGACCUCUGACGCCCUCCCAGAGAACCUCCGGGCGCCCCCCCUCGAUCGCGAAGUUUGGGAAUCCUUCAGUAACAAGACCUUAGUGGAGGGUACGUUAGCCCGCUUGGAAGCACGCCGAAAGGAAUACGAAGUCGCCAUCGUCACAUGGGAGCUCGAGUUCACUAGAGACGCCAAGAAAUAUUAUGACCCCCUGGUCCAGCCCGACCACGUCUUGGACCUGUUGCAAAGGGCCAUCCUGCAGUUCUGGAGGUCCACACGUGGCGUUUUGGAGAUCCCCGAGUUUCACUCCCAGGCGCCCUCUGCCCCCGGCGAGCCUACGCCCCUGCCCACCAUCACCUGGCAAAUCCACCCAGAAAGGCUCAUCGAACUGGAAAUGGUCAUCUGUCACCUCCCCUUCGUCGCCCAACGUGUGAUCACCUUGGAAGGGCAGCCUGGUCUGAUCACCAUUUAG